CUACUAGUUCUCCGAACACCUAGGCGUUGCCUUUUUUUCUCACUCGGCGUAUACUCGACGAAGCUCUGCGACGAGGCGAACUCGAGAAUUCUCCCCCUUUACCCGUUCGCUUACCACUCGCGGAUGCGUCUGCAGUACUCACGGGAAUAAAAUCCAGCGGCUGAUGAGGUCGUCCGCCCUGCUGCCGUCACCGCUUUUCCCCCCUCGCCUCUCCGCUAGUUGACCUCUCAGCGGAGUCAAGAUGGUCAAGCUAGACUACAACCGGGACUACUAUGCAGAUCUUGAACUUCCGGGACCGGUGGACAUUGCGGAAGUGAAGAAGCAAUUCAAGAAAUUAGCACUGAAAUGGCAUCCAGAUCGCAACCCGGGGAAAGAGGAGGAGGCCAAGGAGAAGUUCCUGGUCAUCCAAGCCGCCCACGAAAUCCUGACCGACCCCAACACCAAAUCUAAGUUCGAUGCACACCGUCAGCGAACCCCGAAGCCGGGAGCGUCGGGCGUCAGAGGCAACCCUUGGCAAUACACGGCGCAGGAAGUUAACCAGAAGUUUGGCGUUCCCCCGCGACGGCCCCCCAUGCCGACUCGCCCGCCCGCGCCGACGGCAGCGGCUUCGACGAAACACUGGGACUGGGCACACAAGGCCAAGUCCAAGACAGAUAAUUUGAGAGCGAAUAUGGAGGCAUGGGAACGCGCAAGGCCGCAGAGCAAACCAUCUCAGCCCAGCGCUUCGGCUUCCGCGUCCAGUGCACGUCCACCCAAGCCGCCUCCUAGGGAACCACCUAUCCCACGGACGGCGUCACAGGCCAGGAGGCAGGAGGCAGCAUUCGGCUCCAGGAAGAGUGGCUAUGCCCCGGCAUCACCUGCGGGGGACGAACCGCCGGUCAAGAAUCGGCACUACAACUCUGGUACCGAUGCCGCUGAGGCGAGCAAGUCCACGCCCGCGUCUACGGAUGACGACCCUCUGAGUUCCCUAUUCAGCGAGACAUUUCUGGACAACCGCCAGCGUACGCCGUACGCUGCUAACGUCGGCGAGAGAACCAACCCGUUCGAACCGCUUAAUAUCAACCGGGCUAAGAGCAUGAGAGACGGGCCGAGAAGGUUUCAGGAAGGUGCUGCCGAUACGCCUCCGACCCCGCCUCCUCGACAACGCAGUGCUAGUACUGGCUCGGAGAACAUCAAGAGGUCGACGGAUGAGAUCCCUAGGCCCAGCGAGCAAAGCGCCACAAACGGGUUCCAAUACCACUCACGAGCAAGCGCGCGGUACAGUCCGAGGGGGGCCGAUACGAACUCGGCUCCGCCGACCGCAACCUUUUCCGGCCCAAACAGCUCGACCUCCUCCGUCAAUAGCAGCACGAACGCGACGGUCAACGGUGAUGCUUCGGAUCAGUCAAAGCAGGGCACCAAAUUUUUCUCGGUUCCCACAGACGGUAAAGACACGGCAGCCCACCAGGCUCGCUUCACCCGAAACAGCGCCGAUAAUAUCAACACGCGGUUCGUGGCGGAGGAGAAGGAGAGUUUCAACUUCCAGUUCAGCGCCGGGACAGCGGGCUCUGUAGACGACAGCUUUCUUCGGGCCAAGCAGCGCGCUCGCGGCGGCGGACACCAUUCUCCGCUUAGGAACGAGUUUACGCCGUCGGCUGAGCCGGGCAGCGGUGCCGAAAAGUCCAAUGCCGAAAAAUCCAGUGGUGCUCAGCAGGCCGAGCCCGCGAAGAAGCAGGGAGACUUCGUUCCCGAGCAGUGGAAGGAGGCUUUUGGGCCUCAUAUAUUUGUGCCGCCUCAGCCCGGCAAAGCGUCGACCUCGCCUACUCGCCCCAUCCGGCCGAUCAAGAAACCACGGCCUGUCCGGAUGACGGCGGGGACGGCCGGGAUGGUGGACGAUGAGGAGACCAGCGGGGAGGACAAGUCCAAGGCAAGUACACCCGCCUCCGGCAUAAACGGUUCCAGGAGCCCGAAUGCCAUGGACAUCGACACGCCGCCUCCGGAACCCGCAGGCCCGCAAGCCGGCGCUCCUCGGAACAUCAACGUGGAGCCCACGAAACCCGAGUGGCGGCCGGGCAACGGUGCGACGGCCGAACCUAAGCUCGGCGCGGGCUUGAAGGCCCCCAACCUCAACCCCACCUCAGCCGGCUCCGAAGACGCCGAAGACUUCGUCCGGCCCUUGUUCUCGGAGUUCCGCAAUGUGGAACCGUUCGCCCCUCCAAAGCCCUCCGGCCUUGGUUCCUUCGCAGAUCUCAGCUCCAACCUGCCCUUCCCGAGCCGCCCAUCCGCAAAAAUCCCGCUUGCCUCCCACGGAAACCAACAGGAAAAACCGACCGCGAAGCAACUCGAUGUCCCCAGCCCGCCCACAGCACCUCGCCCGCCCGCGAGCCUCUGCAUUCCUGGCGCCAAGGUCAGCGCGCCCGCGUGGAUGAACUACGUUCGCGAGUUCGAGGCCUAUAUGACAUCGUGGUCCGAGUUUAACCGGCGGGUGACGGACCACUUUGCCGCGCGGCAGCGGCAGAAUGAGGGCAACGGGCUGGGGUGGCUGAACACAAGGGGCGGAGCGGGCGUUGAGAACUACCUGAGGGCGCUCGAGGUGGACAAGAUUGUGCGGCAGAAGUGGAUGGCUGCCUGCGAGGCGCAUGAGCUGCAUUUCAGGGAGUAUCUAGGGGUGAGGGAAAGGGUCUUGGGUGGCAGCUGAGAGGGGUGAUCGUUCUGUGUGUGCGAGUGCGGGCGACAAGCGUUCGGCGUUUCGAAGAGGUGCGGUCGCGAAGUUGGUUUUUCACAUUUUCUCCCUUUUUUUUUUUUUUUUAUUUUA